CACAGGGUUUGUAGGAGGGCCUGCCAGAGAGGACUCCUGGGAGAGAGCCCGGCCCCAGAACAAGGGACCAGGGCACCCAGCUCUAAGAAAGCAAGAGCCGCAGGAGCUGCAGCAAUCAGAAGCAGAGCUGGUGGGCCCCAUGGCUGGGGAGGCUGCGGAGAAGGGACCCUGGAGGAGUCCUGCUGUCCGGGAUGACUUGGAGCCCCUUGCCUGUCACACCUCCCAGCAGAGUCUCCAGGACAGCUUGUUCUCCUCUGAAAAUGACAACAGCCUGUACUUCACCUACAGAGGCCAGUCCAAUACCUUGGAGGUCCGAGACCUCACCUACCAGGUGGACAUGGCCUCCCAGGUGCCCUGGUAUGAGCAGCUGGCUCAGUUCAGGAUCCCUUGGAUGACCCACAAGAACCAAGAUUCCGCUGAGCAGGGCAUUCAGAACCUGAGCUUCCGAGUGCAAAGUGGGCAGAUGCUGGCCAUCAUCGGGAGCUCAGGCUGUGGGAGAGCCUCACUGCUAGACGUGAUCACUGGCCGCGACACCGGUGGCAAGAUGAGGGCAGGCCAAAUCUGGAUCAACGGGCAGCCCAGCACCCCCCGGCUGGUGAGGAAAUGUGUGGCCCACGUGCGCCAGCACGACCAGCUUCUCCCUCACCUCACCGUGCGGGAGACCCUGGCCUUCAUCGCCCAGCUGCGCCUCCCCAGGAGCUUCUCCCAGGCCCAGCGUGACAAAAGGGUGGAGGAGGUGAUCGCGGAGCUGCGUCUGCGGCAGUGCGCGGACACGCGUGUGGGCAACGCUUACGUGCGCGGGGUGUCAGGCGGCGAGCGCCGGCGGGUCAGCAUAGGGGUGCAGCUCCUGUGGAACCCGGGAAUCCUCAUCCUGGAUGAGCCCACCUCGGGGCUGGACAGUUUUACAGCCCACAACCUGGUGAAGACCUUGUCCCGGCUGGCCAAGGGCAACAGGCUGGUGCUCAUCUCCCUGCACCAGCCCCGGUCGGACAUCUUCAGGCUGUUCGACCUGGUCCUCCUCAUGACCUCGGGCACCACCGUCUACCUGGGGUCUGCACAGCACAUGGUCCAGUAUUUCACGAGCAUCGGCCACCCCUGCCCCCGCUACAGCAACCCUGCGGACUUCUACGUGGACUUAACCAGCAUUGACAGGCGCAGCCACGAGCUGGAAGUGGCCACCAGGGAGAAGGCUCAGUCCUUGGCGGCCUUGUUUCGAGAAAAAGUGCGUGGCUUCGAUGACUUUCUGUGGAAAGUGGAGCCCAGGGAGCUGGAUGUGGGCACCUGUGUGGCCAGCCCAGCCCUCCCCUGUGACAACUGCCAGACCCCCUCAGAGCCGCCAGGGGUGAUACAGCAGUUUACUGCCCUGAUCCGCCGUCAGAUUUCCAAUGAUUUCCGAGACCUGCCAACCCUCCUCAUUCACGGGGUAGAGGCCUGCUUGAUGUCCCUGAUUAUUGGGUUCCUCUACUAUGGACACGGGGACACCAAGCUCUCCUUCCAGGACACAACGGCCCUCUUGUUCAUGAUCGGUGGGCUCAUCCCUUUCAAUGUGAUCCUGGAUGUAGUCUCCAAAUGCCACUCGGAGCGGGCGAUGCUGUAUGCUGAACUCGAAGACGGGCUCUAUACCACGGGUCCCUAUUACUUUGCAAAGGUCCUCGGGGAGCUGCCAGAGCACUGUGCCUACGUCCUCAUCUACGGGAUGCCCAUCUACUGGCUGACCAACCUGCACCCGGCCCUCCUGCCCUUCCUGCUGCACUUCCUGCUGGUGUGGCUGGUGGUCUUCUGCGGCAGGGCCAUGGCCCUGGCGGCCUCCGCCCUGCUGCCCACCUUCCACAUGUCGUCCUUCUUCUGCAACGCCUUUUACAACGCCUUCUACCUCACCGGGGGCUUCAUGAUCAACCUGAAGAACCUGUGGACAGUGCCUUUGUGGGUCUCCAAUGUGUCCUUCCUCCGGUGGUGUUUCGCGGGGCUGAUGCAGAUCCAGUUUAACGGGCGCCUUCACGCCAUGCAGGUUGGAAACAUCACCUAUUUGGUCCCAGGAGAUAUGAUGAUCAGUGAGAUGGGUCUCAACUCCCACCCUCUCUACGCCAUCUACCUCAUUCUCAUCGGCAUCAGCGUGGGUUUCCUGCUCCUGUACUAUGUGUCCUUAAGGUUCAUCAAGCAGAAGUCAAGCCAAGACUGGUGAUUCGUGCUCAGCCUCUCCCAUUGGUGGGCCUCGGAGAAGACCCUUCAGCUGCACUCCCUUCCUCCCAAGGAGCCCCUCCCGGGGGCAGUGAAGGCACGCUCGGGCACUCAGCGACAUCCAGCCCCUGGUGCUGCAGUGGCACAGGUCAGCCACAGGAUGGCAGUAGAAUAAAGACAGUUGAAAAGGCUUUCUGCUCCCUGGCCAGAGCUCGUGAUUGCCAGUGAGAAAACCCACACUUGGUGCAGCCUACAAUGUUGCUAAUUUAUUUCCUUUGGGUGUACAGGCAACUCGGUGUAGGAUGAGAACGAAUGGGGUGUGAACUGAGUAGCUUGGCCCUGCAGGAGCUGUUAGAACCCAGAGAAAAUGAUAACCGACUAAAUGUUUAGCUUCAUCUGUACCAUACUUUAUCCUCUGUUUAGCCACUCUAGUAGCUAAAACAUACUAGUGAAUGCUGUUUCUUCUUUUUGUAUGGGAUCCAAAAUCCGACAUGAACAAUUAAAAAUUUAUUGAGCAUCUA